CCCUGGCUGCCUACGUCACCAGCAGGUGAAAGGUCACGUCUGGAAAGAUGGCGGCUUCCAGGGGAGCGGUGGCGUUAAAGGCGGUUAAGAAAAUCAUCGUACAGUUUUGCCCGUUCGAAUCUAACGCCCGCUCCGCGAGAGAGUUUCUCGUCGUGGUGGGGUCUGAAAAAAUCAAAUCCACGAACACGAACUGUGAAGUUAUCACAGAUGUGAAGCACGACCGAUCGGAGCCCACCAUCGACAUCACGUUCGUGGACGGAGAGAGGCUGCUGAUGAAGGCAUCCAAUCUAAGCACACGAGAACUGCUCUCGGCCUUACAGACCCGAUGCAGCGCUAAAGACCCUCAAGCCAAAGCAGGACACAAAAAGUAGUCUAGAUUUUUUUUUUUUUUUUUUUGCAUUUAUGUCUGUGGAUGUGUAAUAAAAAAAACACCGUAUCUGUCA